AUGGCUUCCCAGGCUCAGGUUAUCCAGCAGAAGGUUGACUCCUUCCUCGCUCAGCUCGACAAGGAGCUCUCCAAGUACCCGGCGCUGAACCGCUUCGACAAGCAGCUUCCUGUGCCUAAGUCGUACAUUGCCGUCGGCAUCUUCUUCGUGUUCACCGUCCUUGUGUUCUUCAACAUCUUCGCGGGCUUCCUGACCAACUUCAUUGGUUUCGUGAUCCCCACCUACUUCUCGCUCGCUGCCCUCGAGACUCCCCAGCCCCAGGACGAUGUCCAGUGGCUCACCUACUGGGUCGUGUUCGGCUUCUUCAACUUCAUUGAGUCGUUCGUGAGCGUCGUGCUCUACUGGUUCCCCUUCUACUACACCUUCAAGACGCUCGCCAUCGUCUGGCUUGUGCUUCCUCAGACCCAGGGUGCUAAGCUUGUCUACCACAAGCUCCUCCGCCCCCUGUUCCUGACGAUCACUCGUUCGGCUGGUGUGACCCCCUCGCAGGUGUCGUCGUCGACCGGCACCUCGUCGGCCUCGGCCAGCGGCUUCAGCGCCCAGGGUCUCCACACCCAGUAA